UGUGGCUCCGAGCCUGGUUCACGCUGCUCUCUGCGUUGCACGUUUCUUCACAGUUGCAUGCCAUGAAUCUGAGUGUCCAACAUAUCUCUGCUGGUCGUUACUCAUCUGUUUUACUGGAAGGAUACGGUGGCAGUGAGCUCCCAAAUAAAUCGAUGAUUAAGUGGUCACUUGUCGUACGUGACCGGAUUCCCUUGAUGGUGCUUCAUGUCAUUGGAUCACCUGAUAUCCGUUACAGUGACUAUUACAUCCAUCGAAUAAAUUACAACACAAGGAGUGGCUCUCUCACAUUGAACAAUAUAGAUCUGGAUGACCGUGGCAUUUAUGAAAAUACCAUAACAACAUAUGGUGAAACUGUGCAGAAAUCUUUCCAUAUAAAAAUUCUGGAUGUCAGAGAUGUUUUGAUAGCACCGGUGAUAAUACAGAAUCCCAAAAAUGCAGUGAGAAUUGCUCAACUCACCUGUGUUGCAAAUAGUUGGGAUACAGACAGAAUUUUGUGGUAUAAAGGUAGCAAACUGCUUGAAAAUGAUGAGAUUUACUCAAUGUCGACUGACAACAGAACAUUGACAAUAAAAACUGAUCAAAUCGCAAACUGUGAGUUGUUCACCUGUGUGAUAGAAAACAAAGUCAGCCAGAGCAAGAACUCUCAUGUCCUCGUCAUUAACGGAUUGCUGUUGCUCCAUCGGUACACUUUCAUCACAUCCAUAGUUGCUCUGGUGAGCACGUCAACAUCUUUUGCUGCAUCAAUCUUCAUCAUCUUUUUUGCCCUGGGAACUUACAGAGUUCACAAGCGGCACGUACAGCUCACUGCUGUUUUUAUGUUCUUCCAGCUGCUCUCCUUCAUCUCUCUGCUGACUGCAGCCCUCUUCUGUGUUUUUGAUCCAGAUUUCUCCAUCCCAUACAAGAUUAUCGACGGGCUUGGGCUUUUUCUGGUGAUAGCUAUGAUAAUUUAUAUUCUCGUGCUUUACCUGCAUCCUGAAACUAAGCUCCAAAGAUCAUUCUUGAUAAAGACCAAUCAUCGUUAUUUUUUCCUGGUGUAUGGGGGCUUAUCAGUGGUUAUUUCCGCAGCACCAAUUUACAGAGGACACAACAACAUUAAAGCAUGCCAGUAUCCCAUAAGCCAAACAUCAGGAAGUGCUACCUCUGCAGCAGUGGCCUAUGUAUUUAUUUUAGGAUUAAUAUUCAUCCUGUUUAUUAAAUACAUGAAGUCCUGGAAUCAAGUUCAGAGACUGAGCAGGUUGUCAUCGAGAUGAUUUCUUAUGCUCUAAAACCCUGUGUGCUGUUGUGAGUUCGUCUGUAAACUCGUGGAUGGCUCUCUCCCCUGUAUCAAGAUGAGUAAAAUCGGCCUUUAUGACGACACCAGCUUUACUAUAAAAAAGACCAGGACUUUGUGGACAAUAUACCCAUCCUUGCGACUGAGAUCUUCAUCGGUGCUGCCACUCAAUCUAAGUUGAUGGCCAGCACAGGGUGGUGUAUACAGAGGAAAACUUCCAGGGGAAGUUCGUGGUGUUUGGACUCGGAGACCAUGGGUGUCUGGGCGAGCUGAUCGAAAGAUUCGCUGUAUGCAGCUGGUGAGGAGGUUUCGAAGGACUCAGACACAAACCCACAGCAUUGAGGAAACAGUGGUCUAAGGAAAGACGGCUUCAACAGCCUCAUCUCUUCCCACAAGGCGUGUGGAUCCCGUACCAGGACUUCAAACUGUCCGUGCAGUGACUCAUCGCCUUCAAGGGGGAGCAAUGGUGCAGCUAUGUCGCUCAGCUGGAACGACAAGCCAUCUUCAAUCAAGGCCUUGCUGAAGAGUGACUUCAAGGUUUGAGGUGGCUAUGUACUGGUGUCCCGCCUUCAGCCAGAGCUCCCUAACCCCAGUGCCGAGGAGAGGAUCCAGACCAUCAA